CUUCUUCCAGGGCGGAGGAAUGCCCGGGACGGCGCGGCGCGCGCGAGGAUGAGAUAGGUGAGUGAGAUUCACGGCAGGAGCAGCGCCAAUGUGGCCUUGCAAGUCUUCGCGGCUGAUCACGCCACUGGGAUUACCCGCAUUGCCUCCCAUUUACUCCUUUCGCGGUAGCGUCGACGCCAGGCGCUUGUGGAUUCAUUCGGAAGCACGAUCCAAGCCCAUAGCCGCGGCUAGGAAAGCGAAAGAGACCGCAUCACUAGAGAUUGCCGUGAAGAAAAGGAGCAAGAAAGUAGCGAUUGUCGGAGAAGUAGAAGAGGCUGAGAGGGAGACCUACGAGGAGGAGGUAGUUCCUUUGGAGCCGAGCGAGUUAAAAACGGCCUCCCAGGGAAAGGACACAGUGACUUUGUUGGAUGGCGAGAAGAAAGUUUCCACCACUGACGGCAAGAAAGUUUCCAUCAAGAAAGCUCGUGCUAAAAAUGAGGAUAUGGUCGUGGUAGACAGUGAGAGUACCACGUCCAUUUCUUCUGGGGAUCCAGAGGCUGGCCCGAAGAAGAGUUCCAUCAAGAAAGCUCGCGCUAAAAAGGAGAAUUUGGUCGUGGUGGACAGCGAUAGUACCACCUCUUUUGCAGAGCCAGCGCUGCAGCCAGAGUUGGGUGAUUUUUGCAUUGGUCCUUGCCGGCAGCAGCAUUGCGUUCGGAUUCCAGUUGGUGAUCGACAGAUUGUUCUCGAAACGGGUUCAAUAGGUAGGCAAGCUGGUGGUGCUGUUACAAUCAGCGAUGGAGAAACUAUCCUGUACACGACUGUUUGUACUUCUGCUGAGGCGAGCGAGCCAUCUGAUUUUGUUCCGCUGUACGUGCAUUAUCACGAGCGCUACUCUGCUGCUGGUCGCACAAGUGGUGGAUUUAACAAGAGAGAAGGGAAGCCACGAGACAGCGAGGUUUUUAUAUCCAGGCUUGUGGAUCGGCCUUUAAGACCGAUGAUACCGAAAGGUUAUUUUCAUGAGAUACAAGUGCUUUCUUGGGUUUUGAGCUUUGAUGGUUUGCAUUUGCCUGAACCGCUGGCUAUUACUGCUGCAGGCGCCGCUCUAGCACUUUCAGAUGUUCCUGUUUUGAAGCCUGUGGCUGGAGUAAGAGUCGGUUACAUCAAUGGGAAAUAUGUUCUCAACCCGACAGCUAGCGAGGUUACGAAAUCAAGCCUUGAUAUGAUAGUGGCAGGGACAAGCGAUGGUCUGCUCAUGAUCGAGGGAUAUUGCAACUUACUUAGCGAGGAUGAAUUGGUGAAAGCAGUAGAAACAGGCCAGCGUGCAGUGAAGAUAAUUUGCAAGGAGCUGGAGGAGUUUGGAGAGAAGUUUGGAAGGAAAAAACGCAUUCUGAAGGCACCAUUUUCCACUUCCGGUCUAGAGGAACGAAUCAAGGAAAUCAUGGGAGAUGACCUUUACCUGGCUCUUCAUAUAAGCGGCAAGCAGCCUCGCGCUGCAGUGAUAACUGCUUUGGAAAAGAAAGUAUGGUCAAAACUGACCGAGGAAGGCGUGGCAUUAUCCAAGACUAGAGAGCAGCUUGAGUAUGCGCACGUAUGGGAUGAGGACGAGAUUAAAGAUGGCGAAAUUGACCAAGGCGAUGUCCAUAUAACGCCUACUCCGAGAACCAGUUUCACAAAGCUUUUUGAUGCUGCCACUGUUAAGCUUGCCUUCAAAGAGUACACUUCUAAGACCUUGAAAUCAAUAAUUGCCAAGGAGAAAGUGCGUAGUGACGGCCGUGGAAUAUCAGAUGUUCGGCCCAUCAGUUGUUCGUGUAAUCUGCUUCCUCGAGCUCAUGGUAGUGCGAUUUUUACUCGUGGAGAAACGCAGGCUUUAGUAGCUGUUAUACUGGGUGGUGAUAAUAUGGCGCAACGCAUUGACGGUGUCACUGAUGCUGAUGAAGUGAAACGCUUCUACGUGCAGUACGUUUUUCCUCACUCCUGCGUCGGGGAAGUUGGUCGCAUCGGCCCUGCUAGCAGACGAGAAAUUGGUCAUGGAAGGCUUAUCGAGAGGUCCCUUGAGCCUAUAUUUCCGAGCAAAUUCCCAUACACAGUCCGCGUUGAGAGUACCAUCACCGAAAGCAAUGGCUCCUCAAGCAUGGCAUCUGUGUGUGGAGCUUAUCUUGCUUUGUGUGACGCCGGCGUUCCAGUCAAGUGUCCGAUUGCCGGUGUUGCAAUGGGUCUUAUUUUGGAUCCAAAAGAAUACGGUGGUAGCGGCGGACCCGUAAUACUGACGGACAUUCUUGGCUCCGAGGACGCCUGUGGCGAUAUGGACUUGAAGGUCGCAGGUAGCAAGGACGGCAUCACUGCGUUUCAGAUGGACCUCAAGGUCCAAGGAAUCAACUUGUCAAUCCUGAAGCGAGCCCUUUCAAAGGCUAAAACUGCAAGAUGUCAUAUUCUCAAGGAAAUGACAAUGUGCUCUCCUCCGCCAUCAACGAAGCUUUCUAAGCAUGUCGACCUCAUUGACUUUGUAAAGAUUGGUCGCGAGAAAGUAAACAUGGUUGUAGGAACCGGCGGUAAAACUGUGAGGCAAAUUAUCGACGACUCGGGCGUAGAAUCAGUAGAUGUCAGCAGCGACGGCUCGAUCCGCAUAGUUGGAAAAGACCGAGACAAGGUUGACAAAGCAAUGGAGAAAAUUCGUAGUAUUACGACCGAUCCUACUGUAGGAACAGUAUAUAGGAAUUGCCCCGUGAAAUCUUUGACAUCGUUUGGGUGUUUCUUGGAGAUUAGUCCUGGUCGAGAGGGACUUUGUCACAUAAGUGAGCUAACUACAAACAGAUUGUCAAGGCCAGAGGAAUUCGUGGCUGUGGGUGAGCGCUUGGAUGUCAAAGUGAUCGAGGUGAAUUCGCGAGGGCAAAUUAGAUUGAGCCACCGGGCGAUUCUAGAGGACGAGAAAUCCGCGAAGAAAGCAUCCUUGACAUCAGCAGCAACGAAGUUGAGCAAGCUAUUGUCGAAGAGGAGGCAGCAACUCUAGCGAAGUUUUCCUUUUUCUUGCGUGACCCCGGGAGGAGAAGAUUUUUGUAGCACGGACAAGGUACUCUCAACUCUAGCAUCUCUAGAUCCUGUUUUCUACCAGCACUGAUCGGUCUCCCAGUUAAAUCCCCUCCACUCGCGAUCGAGCCCCUCCAAUCCCCCAGGCUUUUGCAUCUGAGAAUCAUACUCGGCCCUGGCAGCUCGAUCCUUGAGAACAUCGUAGGCUCUCUGGACCUCGAGAAAUUUGCCUUGGUGCUGCGGCCAGAGCUCUGGCGGUGCCAGAUCUGGAUGAUAGACCUUGGCGAGCCUCCGGUAGGCCUCCUUGAUCUCGAAAUCCGACGCCUCCAACCCAAUUCCUAGAAUCUCGUACAGCGAUCUUUUCUGGGAAGAACAAGCUAGACCUAGCGUCGAGAAUUUCGCCGACUGAAUCCUUCCUCCUCUGAUGAAAGAGCUGUAGAGAAAUCUAGUUCUCGCGCUGUCGCUCUUCCGCGAGAGCGAUGACCUAAGUUCCCCGUGGGACGCGCCACAAGCGCCAUAGCCACGAAGAAUGGCGCUCAUCCUGAUGUACACGUGGCAGAAAUGAAUGGUGCCACGUUGUACAAUUAGUUUUUAAUGUGACGUGACGAUUAUGUA